AUGAGCAGCAUAACGCUAAACGAAAUGGUCAACGUGACACAGCUGGAUUUACACGAUCUAUUAGAAACUUUCGAAAAAAAAUCAUUCGAGGCGGUAGCCUUUGAGGAAGGCACAACGCAGUCGAUACCGCAGGCGCCGCACCAACAGUCACAGCAGAACACAAUCUACGAGGAUCAGUAUGAUAUACAGCGCAUACGUGAGCUGGUGACCAUGGCGAAGUAUGCUCGCUGCAGGCAGCGUUUCGCAGUGCCCGUUAUAAUGUAUCGGGGCAAAUAUAUCUGCCGUUCGGCCACAUUGUCCGUGAUGCCGGAAACGUACGGCCGUAAGGUUGUGGAUUACGCCUACGAUUGCCUCAGCGGCAACUAUGCUGCGCCCAAUGGCGAGGAGAACGAGGCGGACACCACGGACGAGUCACUAAUCAAUCACAUCAACGAUCAGGCACAGUCACAGUUCAGCUACGAUGAAGUCAUCAAGAGCGACAUCCAACUGCUGAACACAUUGAACGUGUCCACCAUAGUAGACCUCAUGGUAGAGAAUCGCAAAAUCAAAUACUUYAUGGCCGUCUCUUCGUCGGAGAAGGCGGAUCCGAAUAAGCACUAUAAGGGCUUUAACCUGCUAUCGCUGCCGUAUCCGGGCUGUGAGUUUUUCAAAAAGUUCCGGGACAACAAUUACAUGGCCAAGAAUUUACACUACAACUGGAAGCAGUCAUUUAACGAUGCCAACAUCAAUAUACCCAAUACGGGACCCGCCGCCGACAUUGACAUUAUUUGGCCAGAGUACAGGGACUGGGAUCUGGUCUCCAUUACGCAAAACUAUCUGCGUGCCACGCUUAAGUAUAUACAAGAGGAUAACUCAGGGCUGCUCAUACACUGCAUAAGUGGUUGGGAUCGCACGCCCCUCUUCGUCUCCCUGGUGCGUCUAUCGCUCUGGGCCGACGGCCUCAUCCAUCAGUCGCUGAACGCUUUGCAAAUGGCGUACUUUACUCUCGCUUACGACUGGUAUUUAUUUGGCCACCAGCUGCCAGAUCGCCUCAAGCGAGGCGAGGACAUCAUGUUUUUUUGCUUUCACUUCCUCAAGUUCAUCACCGACGAGGAGUUCAGCAUUGUGGAGCACCGCAAGCGCACGAAGACGUCCAGCAGCAGCGGCAGCAGUGUCAUUGUCAUCAAAUCCGACUGCUGCGACGAUGAGCCACUCAAGGAAGAUUACAUUUUGGCCUUCGAUCAAGACAGCAACGAUAGCUACUCAAACUGUUCYAACUGUGAUAUGUCCAUAACAGAUAACUUCUACGCCACAACAACAACAGCCGCAGCAGCAGCUGUAGCAGCGACUGCACCAUCAACGCACGUUAAUCCGCUCACCAGUCGAUCCCCGAAUCCGAAGCGCUCGCGCACUAGCCCAAUUUCYGUGCCCGGCUCGAAUGCGCGCCAGCGUCAGGAGUCGACGUCAUCGAACGGCAGCUGGCAGGUGGUCACAGACACCGGGUCCAUUGACUCCAUGAUGAAUGGUAGUUACAUGAUGCGCUUUGUCUCGCAGCAGCAUCAACCACAGCAUCAGCAGACGGACAACAUUCCAAUGUGCAAUGGCGGCAACGGAUAUCAUUGCAGCACAGCCACGCCCAGCGCCUAUCCCAGUGCCAGCGGCAGUAGCAACAGCAAUAGCAACAUGAGCAACAUGAGCAACAUGAGCAACAUGAGCAACAUGAGCAACAAUAGCAACAGCAACAGCAACAGUAGCAACAACACGCACGGUUUCGUUAAUGGUUCCUCCAAGGAUGCGGCCAGUGCCAGCGCAGCAGCCUCGAAGCAGAGCAUUAAUUUACGCAAGCAACGGCUAAACGCUGUACGGGCGAUUUUCAUACAAGCCUAUGGCAAAACGAUUGGACUGAAAUUCAAGGAAGGCUCCUCAAUGAAUCUGGCCACGUUUAUUGGCAAUUUGGCGGAUCAGCUAUUUUAGUUUGUUUGGCUGAUAACUGGACUAAAUCUGGAACUAGAAAUGUAACUGCAACUGGAACUGAAAUGUGCACCCGUUGAAAGUAUGCCACAUGAUCACAUCCACAUGGAUCGAUCGAUCCGAUGGACUGACUGCUGGGAUUGUGGCUUUGUUGUUUGUUAGUUAGCCUUGUUAGUGCUGCGCUUUUUUACCAUGGACUGUAUUUUGUAGACAUGUUGAAUUACGUUCUUUGUGACUUGUUGAUAAUAAAAUAGAAAACAAACUGCGAAAAAAAACUCACACACAUAAAAAAUAGUAGAG